AUGGCCUGGAAGACAACGUGGCUACUGUUCCUUUUGGUAGGGGUGGUUGCCGUAUGGACAGCCCGGCCCAGGACUGAGCUUCUCAAUGUCUGCAUGAAUGCCAAGCACCAUAAGGAAAAGCCAGGUCCCGAGGACAAGCUACAUGAGCAGUGCAGUCCCUGGAAAAAGAACGCCUGCUGCUCCGUCAACACCAGCCAAGAAGCCCAUAAGGAUAUUUCCUACCUGUACAGAUUCAACUGGGACCACUGUGGCAAGAUGAAGCCCGCCUGCAAACACCACUUCAUUCAGGACACCUGCCUCUACGAGUGCUCGCCUAACCUGGGGCCCUGGAUCCAGGAGGUGAACCAGAGCUGGCGCAAAGAACGGUUCCUGAACGUGCCCCUCUGCAAAGAGGACUGUCAGAUCUGGUGGGAAGACUGCCGCACCUCCUACACCUGCAAGACCAACUGGCACAAGGGCUGGAACUGGACCUCAGGGUAUAACCAGUGCCCAGUGAGAGCUGCCUGCCACCGCUUUGACUUCUACUUCCCCACGCCUGCUGCUCUGUGCAAUGAAAUCUGGAGUCACUCCUACAAAGUCAGCAACUAUGGCCGGGGCAGCGGCCGCUGCAUCCAGAUGUGGUUCGACCCGGCCCAGGGCAACCCCAACGAGGAGGUGGCGAGGUUCUACGCUGAGACCAUGAGUGGGGCUGGGCUCCAUGAGGCCUGGCCUCUGCGUUUCGGCCUGGUCCUAAUGUUGCUCUGGCUGCUCAACUGA